AUGGUUGGCGGAAAAAGGACAAGAAAUUUCGAUGACGACGAUGGAUACCGUGAUUUUCGCCCCAGAAUGCCCAAAAGGCAGCGAGUUCCACCCGUUGUACAACUUUGCAAAGAAAUGAUGCCAGAUAUCAGGACUUUAGGGGAAACUGUUAAGGCUUUCGAAGAAGACAUCAAGUUUUUAAGUGAAGCCAUCGCGAACGAGUUUGGAAACGAAGAAUAUUUCAGAAAUGCGCUUUUGAGUACGCUCUACGCUGUGGUUGUCGAACAGCCACACAAACAACCAGCAAUUGCUCUUUUGACUAUGGUGGUGAAUUCUAUGAAUCCAGUUGCCGGCAAAAGUGUUUUGAAUCACUUUUUUGGCAAGCUGCAAGAAUGGUGCGACAUUAGUAUUGACGAAUCUUUCCAGGUUACAUCAAGUGAAACAGGGCCUUGGAAUAAAGUCAAGCUUUUGCUAAGAUUUUUGUCUUUGCUGUCACCCAUGGUUGAAGAAGACGAGCUGCUUUUGCUCUACAAAAAGCUCUUUGAACUAAGUGUAGGAUUGAACAACCUCAACCCUGAGAAGCGCAACCCGCUCUCCGAAGCUAUUUACAGCAACACUCUAUUGAAUAUCCCAUACUUGUUUUUUUUCUCAAAAGAGAACGAGCGACUAAGAGGGAAAGUUGCGGACUUAGUGUCCGAAGUUGAAAGUACUUACCUUGUGAAAAACACUGAUUUGUCCUUAAUCAGAGAGUACAACAAAAACCCUCCCUACGAAUCUGUUCAGUGGGUGAAGGCUGUACUUCCGAACGUGAAAAGAGUGCUAGCUAACGACAUGCAGCAAAUUUCAGAAUUGUUCCCUGACUAUACCACAAUGAUGAAAGAUCAACCAGGAGAUCAAGGCUUCAAUGACCCAUUGAACUUACCUACCAUCGAACAAUUGGAACCAUUUAGCGGUUUAGAUAGGGGUUUGGGAUCCAUCGAUGGUAUGUGGAAAGUACCAAGAUACUCAUUCAGAGUUUACCUAGCCAAUGAAGUUGGUGAAUUCGAGACAGUUGUUCCCUUUACGACCUACGCUGGUAUGCUCUUUGAAGACUUAAUUAUCGACAUUAUUGAAAGCAUGGAGUUCAACCGUAAGGAAGUUGCUAAGCAGGUAGUUACAUUGGAUCUAUUUUUCAAACCAGGAAUAUUUGCAGAGCCAGGUCAAUCAAUAGCCCAGCUGAUUGCCCUUCACGAGGAAAACCCGAUUAUUACUACUUACAAAAUUGAAGAUCUGGCUAUAGAGAAGAUCUUGAGCAUGAUAUUCAAAUUACCCAACGUAUCCCACCCUUUUGCAUAUUUCUAUACUCUACUAGUAGAGAUUUGUCAAAACUCUCCGAAGGCUAUCGCACCCGUUUUUGGAAGAGCAUUUAGAUACUUUUUCAACAACUUGGAUGAAUUGGAUCUUGAGUUGAAAUUGAGGUAUUUGGAUUGGUUCUCAAUUCAAAUGAGUAACUUCAGCUUUUCUUGGAAAUGGAAUGAAUGGGAGGAUGAGUCCAUAAAGUUCAGCAAAACAUUUUACAGCCCAAAGGUCACUUUCAUGAGAAACUUAAUCAGAAAAGAACUAAGGCUUACUUCUAGUAAGAGUGAUGUUGAAGACAGUCUAACCGAGGAAUUCAAACCCUACACGGACAGCUCAUUCGUACCAAAAAGCGACCUCAUCAAUUACUAUCAAUCAUUCUUCAAAGAUUUCGAAAUUGACAUCGAUCUCCUGAAAGAUAAUGACCUAUUUUUCAUCCAACCAUGUUUUCCAUUUAACGAGACAGUCCAAAAUGUCAUAAAUUACUUUCACAAACAACCCUUAGAGAGAAGCUCAUCGGAGCUUAUGACAAUUUUCGAGGAAUUGCAGAACAAUCACGGGAACAUCAUUCAUGAUAUUAACAGAUUGGUGGUUACAAUUUUGAUGCAAUCUUUGGCAUUCUCGGGAAAUAGAUCUCUAUCUCACGCUAAUAAGUACAUUGGUGACUCGAGGAACGAUCUUCUGGACAUAAUGGGCAAAAUGGAAGUGGAUCAAGAAUUAAAGGAAAGAUGGAUCAUAGAAGCCGUUAUUCGCUAUUGGAACAGCAACUCUCAAAAUGGUUACUUGAUAUUGGACACGUGCAAAAAUUUUGAACUUAUUUCUGCGAAAAGUAUCCUAAAUUUCUCGUUUUUGGAGGAUAACGAUCGAAACUGGGGUUUAGUUGAUGCAACCUCAGUGGAGUCCACCUUUAGGACCCUCACAGAACUUUCUCUCCGCAGAGAUGCGAGCGUGGAAACCUUUUUGUAUGUGUUUGAAAGACUUGUGGAAAUAGCUUCCGAGACUGUUGAAAAGUUAGGCGUCGCUUCCGAUGUUGCAGUCGUGGUGCCCAAAGAUUCUACCGCCAUCCGCGAACUUGAGCUUUCAUGGAAAUACGAGAGCUGUUUGGGUUUCAUCAAGAGCAUUCUGAGAAAAUAUGCAGAUGAAUAUACUCCUGGUUUAGAACAACUUAAUUCAAUCUUAGACGGUAAGGUUGCCCAUGAACGAACCAGACAGACCAUACAAAAUUGGUUGAGGGAAUUGAAAGAGCUUUGA